AUGGCGGCCAGUGACACGACCCAGACUCCUCGUCGCCUUUUCGUCACCUGUCAGGAAUCCAAAAGACGAUUCCUCGUGGACAUCGGAUCCGACGUCAGCGUAUAUCCACGUGCCGCAAUCCAAGGUCCGAAGCAGCCCACAGCAUAUAUCUUAUAUGCAGCUAAUGGGUCGGCGAUACCGACGUAUGGAUGUAUCACCGUAGAACCGAAACAUGGUCUAAAAAGGUCUUUUCCUUGGCGUUUUGUCAUUGCGAACGUAUCGCAACCAAUAAUCGGCACGGAUUUUUUAUCCCACUACCAUCUGUUACCGGAUCUACGAGCAAGAAAGUUAAUAGAUGGCAAAACAGGCUUGAAAACCCAGGGGACCAUAGACCACGCCACGACUGCAUCAGUCAAGGUUCUCAAGGAAGAGAAUUUGUACCACCGCAUCUUAGCGGAAUAUCCAGGGAUUACCCGCCUACGCACGGAACUAACAAGAGCAGAACACAACACCAGGCACUACAUCAAGACAACAUCAGGACCACCGGAAGCAUGUCGUCCUCGAAGACUGGCCCCUGAUCGUCUAAAAACUGCGAAAGCAGAAUUUGAUCUCCUGCUUAAAGAAGGGAUCAUCCGCCCUUCAAAAAGCCCAUGGGCCGCGCCUCUACAUAUGGUGCCGAAGAAAGAAAACGCUUGGGGCCCAUGCGGAGACUACAGACGCCUGAAUGCUCGCACGGUACCCGAUCAGUACCCGGUUCCUCACAUCGAGGACUUUUCGCAAACUCUAGCAGGGAAGAAAAUUUUCUCGACCGUAGAUCUAGUUAGAGCCUACAACCAGAUCCCGGUACACCCUGAAGAUGUCCCGAAAACGGCAAUCACCACGCCAUUCGGGCUCUUUGAGUUUUUAUACAUGCCUUUUGGGCUACGAAACGCGGCACAAACCUUUCAAAGGUUUAUCAAUGAAGUCCUACACGGCUUGGACUUCUGCUACGCCUACAUCGAUGGCAUCCUGGUGGCCUCUAACACAGAACAAGAGCACCAGGAACAUCUCAGGAAGCUAUUUGCCAGACUACAAAAAUACGGCAUACUCAUUAGUCCGGCGAAAUGCGUUUUUGGGGCGCAGCAAGUACGCUUCCUAGGCUACAUGGUAUCCCAACAUGGGACCGAACCUCCGCCCAAAAGGGUCAAGUCUAUAAAGGAGUUCCCCAAACCGACAACAGUCAAGCAGUUACGUCAGUUCCUGGGAACUUUUAAUUUUUAUAGACGCUUGAUACCUGGGGCAGCUCAAGAUCAGGCCCGAUUAAAUGAGCUUCUAGGCGGACCAAAAAACAAAGGCAACACGCCUAUUACAUGGACGCCUACUUAUGAAGAAGCUUUCAACGAGUGCAAAGAAAGCCUCGCUCGGGCUACCUUACUGGCACACCCGGAUCCAGCAGCCGAAAUCACGCUCACAACCGAUGCAUCAGACACAGCCAUCGGAGCAGUGAUCCAACAGCGGGUACAGCAAGAAUGGCAACCACUAGCCUUCUUCAGUAAAAAACUGAACCCUGCUCAGACAAAGUACAGCCCCUACGAUAGAGAGCUAUUAGCAAUCUACGUGGCAGUGAAAUACUAUCGGCAUAUGCUGGAGGGCCGCAUAUUCACAAUCUACACUGAUCACAAGCCGAUCGUCUAUGCGUUUCAACAGAACCCCCUGCACAGUUCACCACGACAAGUACGUCACCUCGCGUACAUCGGACAGUUCUCAACAGACAUCCGGCAUAUUUCCGGAAAGGAAAAUGUCGUAGCCGACACGCUGUCCAGGGUGGAAAGCAUUCAAAAAGGGCUGGCUCGACCGUUCGUAACAAAAGCAUUCCGGCAGCAGGUUUUCCAGUCCCUGCACGGAUUAGCACAUCCUGGAGUAAAAGCUUCGGCGAAGCUAGUAUCACAACGAUACAUCUGGUCAAACAUCCAGAAGGACUGCAGAGGAUGGGCACAGGCAUGCAUACCCUGCCAGCAGAAUAAGGUACAUCGUCAUGUACAAUCGCCGGUCGGAACAUUCACGACGCCCACUCAAAGAUUCGAGCACAUUCACAUCGACAUCGUGGGACCCUUGCCUUCAUCCAGAGACUACCGCUACUGUCUCACUAUCGUAGACCGCUUUACGCGAUGGCCAGAAGCCAUUCCGAUGCCAGAUAUCGCAGCAGAAACUAUCGCACGGUAUCUGUUCACAGGCUGGAUCGCAAGGUUCGGGACACCUGUCAGAGUCACUACCGACCAGGGCCGACAGUUCGAAGCCGAGUUGUUCCGACAACUUACCCGACUCACUGGGACACAGCAUUGGCGGACAACGGCGUAUCACCCAGCAGCCAACGGCAUGGUGGAGCGUUUCCACCGGCAGCUAAAAACUGCCAUCAGAUGCCACCAGACAGAAAGCUGGGUAGAUACUCUCCCAGUCGUACUGAUGGGAAUCCGAGCAGCCGUUAAAGAGGACCUGAAAACCACCCCAGCCGAAUUGGUGUACGGUGAGACCAUUCGGUUGCCGGGAGAAUUCCUCCAGGAAGCCACUUCCACGGAAAGUCAAGACUGCAGCGAUUUCGUCCAAAGAUUGCGACGAACCAUGGGGAAUAUUCGGCCGCAACAAGUAAAACGCCACGGCCUACCCGCAAUCUUCGCACAAAAGAGCCUCGAAGAAACGUCACACGUUUUUGUACGACAGGACGCACCAACUCGAGCGUUGCAACCGGCGUACAAUGGCCCCUACGAAGUACUCGCGAGGACGCAAAAAUUCUUCUCGCUAAAAGUAAAAGGGAAAACGGUAAAUGUCAGCAUAGACCGUCUCAAACCAGCAUACAUGCUAGCAACAGCGCCAAAUGAGUCGGACACGACCACGCAAGAGCCCCUCAAAACAACGAAAGAGACAGAAAAACAGCAAGAGGAAAUCAAGACGAGAAGCGGCAGACUCCCCAGAGGCCGAGACAGGUGGUCCGUCAGGCCGGUCGCCACGGCCGCGGACACCCUCGCCAACGCGGGCUGGGGCGCCGUCCCCGCUUUUGUGGGAAACUCCCUCAUCACCAGCACCGGCGGCGGCCAACGUCUUCCUCCCCGCACCGUGGAAGCUCUACCCUAUCUGGCUCCCGCAACGGAAGCUAACGCUACCUGCAGCAGUUCCGCUAGCCCGCGGCGACAUCCGGGUCCUACGGCCGAUCUCGCCACGCCGCACGAACGGACACGUAGGAAAGGAAAAUCAAGCGCCGGCUUCUGGAGGUCCCCAGCAAAGAAGGACGCGUCGCCCCCGUGGCAAGAGACUAAACUCAGCGGCUCGACGAGUCCUAAGACAGCCGUGAAACUCUCCCACGUUCUAACGAUCUCGGUAUUCGGUAGAUUGGAUCGUUGGCCGAAUUCACUCCAGAAGGAGUUGAGACAGCUUCGCGAUCGAGCGCAAGCCUAG